AUGGCGCUGCACUUUUUUCUGUUGAGAAUGAUGUACCGUCGUAUGUAUGCCAAACGAGCGAAGAUUUGGACAAGACGGGCAUGGAAGGCCUUGGGCAAUCUCCAGAUGAAGAGGGCUCACGCUUAUCUGGCAGCUGCUCGGAUGGCCACGAUGAGCAGCCAAGCCCCCAGACUUCGCAAGCCACUGACCAAACACGAUCGGGUGCUCCGAUUCCUGAAGCGGCUAAACGACGCAGGCGCUCUGGACCACUUUCUCGCAGGCUUCACGAGGUGA